UGGCCGCGCCCACACACCCACCCAAACUCCAUUUCACCUCACACCCUCUUUUUCCCGUUUUCUGUCCCGUUCGGUCAAAAAACGACACCAUCCGAUCCAAUCCAAUCCAGUCCCAAUUGCAUCAAUUGGCUACCACGCUCUCUCAUACAACUUACACAUAAGAUGGAUUUCAGCAUGGACAUCGACAUGAACCCGCGGAAGCGCUUCCGCGACGCGCAGGACGACGACGUGCCAAUUGACGGCUGCAACGUGGACACGGCCGACGGGGGUGGUCGCGCCGCUAAGAAGUCGCGGCGGCACUUGCCGCAGCUGCUGUUGUCGGCCGACACGCCCGCACGUGACCCCACAUUUUCGCUUCCGCACCCCAGCCCCGCAAUGUCCAUGCCGAUGGACCAGGACAUGAUGGACUCGGAGCCAUUUGCCAGCAGCAGCGACAGCGACAACAGCGGCCCUACGACGCCCGCAUCCUCCGCCGACGAUGAGAGCAGCAGCAGCAGCGACCUCUUCUUCAAGUCCGUGCCGGCGGCCGUGGCCCACUUCGCUCCAUCCAACCCUCCACAACCGCAGUACCAGGAGCAGCCGCGCUCGUCCAUGGUCAUCUCGGGCCUCAACCAGGCGCGCCGCAACCAGGCGUACCUCCGGCAGGGAUAUCCCCUGAGCUGGAUGCCUGAUCGACCGUGAGAGAGCGAGUGAGUGGGUGGGUCUGAACUGCCUCAUCGACGCCAUGUAAAGUGCAUAGGAACGGAGUGCAUCUCUGCGGACAAAAAGCAUGUAAAAACAAAAGCGGCGCGUGUGUAAGAAUAUUCUUUUUGUUUGGGUUGUAAGAUUAGAUCGGCAGCCGGCGCUGCAGUCGGGUCA